CAGGCACAUAAGAGGAUGUCUGGCUGUAAUCAGGGGAACAGAAGCUCUUUGUGUGCUGUCAGGUUGUUGUCUCCAGCUGUGGUGAAGAUGAAGCUAAUACUCGCAGUGUCUGUGGUCCUUGUAGCUCUCUCUGUGAUGGCAGAGCCUAGCUCCGCCCAGAGCGAAGAGUCCACCAUAAAGACUGGUUUGAAGUCCUUUGUAGAGUCAGUCAAACAAGUAGCCACCAAAGUGGGUGAGAAGACCAAGGCUGUAUUUAAAGAACUGCAUGAAAGUGAACCAGCCACCAAAGCAAGGAACUUUUUCAGCGACACAUUCCAGAAAAUUAAAGACAAGUUGUCCUAGUGAUGAACAUCAAUCAUUCCACUGAGAAACCCUAACUCCUGAUUGGGGCUGUAACUAUUUUUCAACAACAAGCUCAAAUGUUAUAACAACUUAAUAAACUGUAUGUUGUUUGAAA